UUUUUCAGAUUUUCCGUCAACAUUACCGCGUUUGUUAAAAGUUCAAGCAGACUAAUGUCUUUUUUCGCUUUUUUGUUACGUUUUGUUCGUGUUGUAGUGCGUUGACCGGCGUUCGAGUGCUUAAUGCUAACCCCAGCUAGCAUUGUUUUGUUUUUUUGGUGACAUAGCCAUCCAUUUCCUACCGCUUGUUUCUUUUAGGGUCGCGGGGUGGUGCUGUAUAGUCAACAUAUAUAGUGGUUGACUGUUAUGAUGACGUCAUUCAUUAAUGGACCCCGUGGCCACAGCCCUGUGAUAUAAAAGUCACGUGGUACCAUUCUUGUUUACACAACCGAGUCACAGUUGCUGACGUCAUCAACACUGUGCCCUGUGCAUGUAUCCAAACAAGAAAGAGCUGCAGGUAUCUGGUCGCCAUGCAGUUGGAGGCGCAGCUCCGUCUCUGUCAGACUUGCCUGUGGUGCUGCAAGAGUGGACUGCGUCUCUUCUCACAGAGGAAAGCUGCAAACUACUACGACCUGCUUGGAGUCAAAUCUGAUGCCACGUCGGAUGAAAUAAAACAUGCUUUUUUUGACAAAUCUAAAAAGGUACACCCGGACCGCGACCCGUCCAACCCGGCGCUGCACAGCCAGUUUGUGCAGCUGAACGAGGCCUACCACGUGCUGAGCAAGGAGCCCAGCAGGAAGGAGUACGACUUCAAAAUCGGCGGGGGAGGCCACGCCUUCCGAGCCGCAUCCAGCCACAGAAGCAGCAGCAGUGCAGAGGCGCAGGCCAACAUGCGGUACUGGCAACAGGUGCACCAGUUCCACGCCAGGGAGUUGUCCGCGGAGGAGAGGGAGCGCCAGCGCAAGAGGAACUUCCGCCUGAUGGGCUACUGCCUGCUCACCAUGACGCUCAGCAUCGGACUGCACUUCAUCUUCUUCAGAAAACUGGAAGAGGUCCACACCAACUACAUGGACGAGAAGGAUCGCGUCAUCUCAGAAAUAUAUAAGGAGUGCAAAGAGAGGGCCAGGGUCAACGGUUUUAAGAAACAGACGGAAAUCUUGCGACAGAAACACGCCGAGUUUUUGGAGAAAUACAAAAUCAGCAGCACUGGGGAGAAGUAGGAGGGUUGUAGACUUUCAGAUGUUUCCUCAUUCCCGGCUGUGUGGGGCCAGAGACUCAAAUGGAGUCCUUGAAUGAACAAUGAGCAUCAUGUGAGGCAUCAGUGACAUUUAUUUAGCAGCAGUGACACACCGGGCGGAUGCAGACUUUUCACACAUUUGUAAAGGACACGGUGAAGACAGUCCAACAGUUGUAUUGACUGGACAAGAUGAAACUGAUUAUUGUCCAUUGACCAUUGUGAGUGUGAGUAGUCAUCAUCACUUCUCCCGUCCAAAAGCAGAACCUAGUAACUCACUUCUAGAGAUACCCUUUGAGAUACUAAGUUUUUUUGUUGUAUCUACGCGGUUACGUGGUAGUUGCUAGGUCCUGCCAUGCGCGUAACAGCUUACUUACGGAACAAAUUACAAUAUCGCAUACACUAACGUAAAGCAUAUCACCUAGUAACUCCAAAAUUAUUAUCAGCUCAGUUUUGACCAAAAUUGAGUUACUGGAUUUUGCCUUUGGACGGGAGACUUCCUUCCUGCUCGUUCUUGCCUGGGGUUAGCCACAUUAAAGGGAAAGAUUGUA